CAUUGAUGAGCAAUUUUUAUAAAUAUAUAUGAUUGGUCACAUAUCACACAAAUUCAGAGUUGCCAACAUUAUCUUGACACUUGACACCGAAAAUAAAUAAACAAAAACAAACUAAAUUAACCUUGGCAAGAACAUAUGGAGGAAAAAUGGUUCGAAAAAUUUACACAAUAUUUAAAUUAGCGCAAGCGUUUAUCUCACCGAUACCAGUUAAUUUAAAUAAUUUAGGUUCAAUCAAAUAUAUUCCCAAUUAUUCAAUACAGCAGCCCAUACGGUUUUUAUCAAAGGCUAGUGAAUUAAACCAACCGAAAGAAGCAAACUACACCGAAGUAGAACAGAUUGGAAAAAAGAGAAGCAAAAAUGAUUUCAUUAUCGAUGUACGAGAACCGGAAGAACUUCAAAACACUGGUGUAAUUCCUGGAAGUGUCAAUAUACCUUUGGAUCAAGUAGAAGGUGCUCUGAAAGAGCUAUCAAAUGAAGAAUUUCAAAAGAAAUAUGGCACAGAAAAACCAAAAAAAGAUUCGUUGAUUAUUUUUUCAUGUAGAUCUGGUCGUAGAAGUGCAACAGCACAAAAUGCGGCUAUCCAAUUAGGAUACAAAAAGACUAGGAAUUAUCCUGGAGGAUGGUUAGAUUGGAAAAAACACUUGGAGAAUAAAACUUAAAAGCAGCAACACAAACGUUAGAUUUUCUUAAUACUCAAUACACAUACUGUAAAAAUUAAAACUUAUUUCGAUGCACAUAAUGUAAAUAAUAGAAAAUUUAUAAUAAACGGUUUUGUUUUGAUGUAAAAAGCCUAUAACAUUUUUUACUAAGUUCAGGACCGAUUCUUCUGCUGGUUGCUAAAGGUCCAUGCGUUCUGCGAAUUUGUAAAUUUUGAAUGAGUUGUUCGCCCAGCUCCGUGCAAUUUUCAUAUGCCUAAAUAAAAUGUGUCAAGCACUAAAACUAAAUUCAGUAUUUUUGUAUUACCUCAAACAUUGAUCUUGGGGUGGGAAAGACUGCUGUUAUGGCCUCUGCAGUCUCCAGACGAACCAAUGGAAACAUAGUUAACAUUUGUCUCCAUAACUGUCCUAAACCAUUUCCAUCUUUAUCAACUUUUACAUUUUUUUUAUUAUAGCUCUCCAUAUAUUCACUGAGAUGAUUGUAUUUUGCUUCUUGUUCCAGUCUUAAAAAAGAAUUAAUUGCAUUUUUAACCUUUUUCUAUUUAUAAAAACCACUUACUUGUAUGGAAUUUGUGAAAUAGACUUGGUUAACAUAAAUAUAAAAUUCCCUAGCUGUAUCUUGUUUUCCACAAACUGCCAGUAAGUGGGAAAACACAUUUCUAUAUCAAUGAUUUCAUCUUCUUGGGAUGAUGUAGGUUUCGAUUGACCAUAAACAAAAAUACUUAAAUGUUUAAAAUCAGUAUGUUCCUUUAUACUUUCUAUACAUGAAUACAAGUUUCCAAAUGCUGCAGGUUUUAUAAUUACAGCAUAAUGUUUCUCUGGAUAUUCUGAUUUUUUAACUUC